UCGAAGUGAGGGCAGUCGGAAGUGUGGCUGCAGCACAUCAGGAGGCGAUGAGAGGUUAUUCUGUAGUGACUGGGUGGGGCGCCAACAUGCAGAGUCUGGUGGUACAGGCUCUGGCCAUGAGGCAGCUGGGAAGACUGAACCCCCGCCACCUGCUGGCAGCAGGGUACGGCCUGAGGCAGGCCGAAUGGUGUCCUAGGACAAUUCAUACGCGUCAGCUGUGGGGCUGCGCGGCGUUCCCCACACUCGGCUGCCACAGACCCACUCACUGUGGCAGGGAUGCGGUCAGGAGCUGGUCUGUUCACCAUCUGAGGUUUAAAAGCAGCAAAAAGAGAGGUGCUUCUCGAGCGACGCCGGAAGAGGACGAAGAGGAUGAGGACGAAAAAGACGCGGAGGACAGCGAUUAUGAGGAAGAGGACCCAAAUCUCCCCAAGGACUAUAAAGACAUGGAGAAACACGUCCAGUCUUUUCGUUAUGAUGUCGUCAUUAAAGCUGGCCUGGACAUGGCACGCAAUAAAAUUGAGGACGCCUUCUACAACAACAAACUUAGACUAAAUGGACAGAAACUCAUCAAGAAGAGCAAAACGGUCAAAGUUGGGGACACCUUGGACCUGGUGGUGUCUGAGAAUCAAGAAAAGAACACUGUCACAAUAAUGCGAGUCAUCCUCAGAAGGGUUUUCAGCGAAACUACCAACACAGAAAAGUACAAAGUGGCCCUGAGGCGCUGGAAAAAUCUGGAGCUUACCAAGGAGGAGGCCUUUAAGCCAUGAACUUCAGCAAGCAAAACAGUACUACUAAACACCACAAGCCAGUGAGGUCAGCCUGGCAGGGAAACGAGUGCUCUCAAAUGACUGGCAUGUGAAUGCUCUCUCAAGUUGGAUCCGGAAAGGAUUACAAAAGGUGUAACGUCAAGGCUAACAGUUCUCAGUGGUUGUAGGCACUAAGCAGUCCCCUGGAGUAAUAUUUUCAAUGUGUACCUUUCUGCUUGAUACAGUGAGACUCCAAAAUAAGUGAACCUUGAAGUGGUAAACUUUUACAAAAAAAAAAAAAAAAAGCUUGACAGUUCUCCUGCAUGUUCACAAGAUUUCAUCUGAAUAAAUACACCUGCUGCGUGUGUGGCUGCUCGUCACGCCCGUGUUAACACUCAUUUAUGAAGGCAGGAAAUGUAUUCGUUGAAGGACACUGAAUUCUGCAGCGAUGACAAAAUAAAGUGGCCUGAAAGUCUUGCUGAUAGUUUUUAACUGGUUUUGGUGAUGUCCUUGCUAGGUUAUAUUCCUGGUGGGGUUAAC